AUGGUGAAGAUGACAAAAUCCAAAACUUUCCAAGCUUAUCUGCCAAACUGUCACCGAACGUACAGCUGUGUCCACUGCAGAGCCCACCUGGCCAAUCAUGAUGAGCUGAUCUCUAAGUCUUUUCAGGGAAGUCAGGGACGAGCCUACCUCUUCAAUUCUGUGGUGAAUGUGGGCUGUGGCCCCGCUGAGGAGAGGGUCCUUCUUACUGGCCUGCACGCGGUCGCAGACAUCUACUGUGAAAACUGCAAAACCACGCUCGGGUGGAAAUAUGAACAUGCCUUUGAGAGCAGUCAGAAAUAUAAGGAAGGAAAAUUUAUUAUUGAGCUUGCCCACAUGAUCAAAGACAAUGGUUGGGAGUAA